AUGAGUUUCCAAAAGUCCCAGGGCGCCGUGAGCGCGGCGCCUGCUGCUGCGCUGGAGCAGGGCUACGUGCAGUGCGCGCCGCACGCGCCUUACCAGAAGCUGCAGCAGCAGCAGCACCAGUACGCGCGCUACCCCCACCCGCAGCAGCAGCAGCAGCAGCAGCAGCAGCGCUUCGAGCCCCACCCGCAGCACGUCUACUACCAGCAGCAGUGCCACGCCGGAGCCCCCAACGCCGCAGCGGCCAAGCAGCCCCAGGCUGCUGCCAACGCCGCCUCCUGCGGCUCCGUCCAGCAGCCGCAGCGCUGCGUGCAGCAGCAGCAGCAGCAGCAGCAGCAGCACAGACACCCCGAACAAGACCACCAGCGCAAAAACCAGCAGCACGCAGUCAAACCCACCCGCAUGCCCCACCCCUUGGCUGACUGGCAGCUGCCAGAGCGCUACGAAGUCCACCACUUAAUUGGCACUGGUUCUUACGGCCACGUGUGCGAGGUGUACGACAACCAGGAGCAGCGGAUUGUCGCGAUUAAGAAGAUCCACCGCGUCUUCGAAGACUUAAUUGACUGCAAAAGGAUUUUGAGGGAAAUUGCCAUUUUAAAUCGACUCAACCACGACCACAUCGUGAAGAUCCUCGACAUCCUCGUGCCCAGCGAUCUUGAAAAAUUUGAUGAAAUGUAUGUCGUGCUGGAGAUCGCAGACUCGGACUUCAAGAAACUGUUUCGGGCGCCGGUGUAUCUGACGGAGCUGCACAUCAAAACCCUUUUGUACAAUUUGCUCGUUGGCGUUAAAUAUGUACACUCCGCUGGAAUCUUGCACCGCGAUCUCAAGCCUGCGAACUGCUUGGUGAACCAGGACUGCAGCGUGAAGGUCUGCGACUUCGGCUUGGCGCGGACUAUGGACUUCCCCGAGGGCCACAACAGCCACUGCCCAGUUGCGCAGCAAGACGACGACAUUGUGAAUGUUACUCACACCAAAAACCUCAAGCGCCAGCUCACUGGCCACGUCGUCACCAGGUGGUAUAGGGCUCCGGAGUUGAUUCUGUUGGCCGAGAACUACACAGAGGCAAUCGACGUCUGGUCUAUUGGCUGCAUUUUCUCGGAGCUGUUGUCAAUGAUUGUCACGGCCACCGAGAAAGUGCGGCUGCCGUUCAACGACUGGGCAAAUAUGGACGAGCCGCAGCUGCGCUUGGGGUUCUUGAGGGAAAUGCAAAGAUUCCACCCGGAGCUGCAGCUGCCGAAAAGCCUUUUAGAAAGAGCCAAGAUGUGCUCCUGA